AGGGCUGAUUGGCACAGGAAAAAAACAGACAGGAAAGCCCAUAUUCUGCAGAAUGACGGAUGACAGAAGUACUAUGCUGCGCAUCCUUGAGGAGCCUCGGAUGCGGGGGGAAGUGGAGAGACUUUGUACCUUCCAGAACUGGCCUUCGGAUGCGCCUGUUGCUUCUGGAGAACUGGCAAAGGCAGGAUUCUUCUUUCUGGGUUCUGGCGACAAAGUCCAGUGUUUCUGCUGUGGAGGCAUUUUAAGAUACUGGGAACAGGGGGACAAUCCAGUGGUUGAGCAUAAGCGUCAUUUCCCUACAUGCAGCUUCAUACUGGGUCAAGCUGUGGGUAAUAUUCCACUGGAAACAGGCUCAUCAGACUCUGUGGAUGGACAGCUGUUGAGUCAGCUCCAGAGGCUGACUAUGGAUGAUCAGGGAACAACUGGACAAGCAGUAUAUCCAGAGCUGGAAGCAGAGGACUCUCGACUCACCACUUUCCACAACUGGCCCUCUGAAGCCUUGGUGCAGCCAGAUGUUUUGGCUCAUGCAGGGUUUUUCUACACAGGUCAUGGUGACAAUGUGAAAUGCUUCUUCUGUGAUGGGGGGCUGAGGAAUUGGGAACCAGGAGACGACCCCUGGCAGGAACAUGCCAAAUGGUUCCCAAGAUGUGAGUUUUUGAUCCAGUCACGAGGACAGGAGUACAUUAACAACAUCCAGGAUGCUCAUUUCCAUAUGGGAGACACUGUGGGCGGCUCUCAGACGACCACACGCAGAGACAUUGGUGCCAGAAAUGAUCUGGUCGGAGGUCUGGGAGCUUCAUCAGCCAUGCUCUCUCCCGUUGUGCAAACUGUGUUGCAGAUGGGGUUUGAAGCCAGCGUGGUGGAGAGUCUGGUGCAGACUAAGUACCUGCUGACAGGCCAGCAUUACAUCUCAGUGUCAGAGCUGGUUAGUGAUGUUCUGCAAGCAGAAGAGGAGGAGAGGCAGACAGGGCAAAACAAUCAAGAGCCAAACACGAGUCAUGGAUCAAGCGCAGAAACUGUGAGGACUGAGACUCCCAUUCCAAAGAGAGCAAUAAAGGAUCAAAAUCCUGAGGAGCUACUUAGGCAGCUGCAGGAAGAGAGGACCUGCAAAGUCUGCAUGGACAAACUUGUAUCCAUCGUCUUCAUCCCCUGCGGUCACCUGGUGGUGUGUGGUGACUGUGCUGCCAGCCUGCGGCACUGCCCCAUCUGCAGGGCUGUCAUCAGAGGCAGCGUUCGUGCUUUUAUGUCUUGA